AUGUGCGAGAGUCCGUCGAAGCCAUUGAGUCAGCCGCGGGGCAACGACUCGUCUACGCCGAUGCCGUCGACCCCCGCCCAACAACAUGCCGAUCUCGGUCUCCAGAUGGGUUCGGGCUUCGUUAAUGAGUCCUCCGUCAGUAGAAAAGUGUCGACGACGGACGUGAAGCUCGUGACUUCGCCCCCGGAUGGAGGCUGGGGCUGGGUUGUUGUUUUCUGUUCGUUCAUGGUCCACGUUCUCGCCGAUGGAGUGACCUACACGUUCGGAAUAUUUUACAUCAAAUUCGUCGAGUACUUCGAGGAAUCGAAGGGCAAAACCGCCUGGGUGGCAUCGAUUCUGGUGUCGACGACUUUCCUCUGCGGCCCAAUAGCUUCGGCUCUUACUAAUCUUUACGGGUGUCGUGUGGUGACCAUAGCUGGAUCUCUUCUGGCGGCGUCCGGGAUGUUCAUCUCUAUCUGGGCGCCGAACGUGACCUUCUUGUUCUUCUCGAUCGGAAUUCUGACCGGCAUGGGCUUGGGUUUGAUGUAUCUGCCCGCCAUUGUCUCGGUCUCGAUGUAUUUCGAUCGGAAACGGGCGUUCGCGACAGGCAUCGCCGUCUGCGGCUCGGGAUUCGGAACCUUCGUUCUCGCACCCGUGAUUGAAGCACUUGUGGAUUUCUACGGAUGGCAAGGUGCCCUGAUGAUCACGUCGGGGAUGCUCCUGAACUGUGUCGUAUUCGGAGCUCUCAUGAGACCCCCAGAGUAUAUUGCGGUUGUGGAAGUCGACACUACGGUCGAUCUGGAAUUCGGAGACGUCGAUAACAACACAGCGCGAUUCCCCAACGAGAACAUCAGCAAGGAGAGAGAGGCCGAACUGGUCGUCAGUGAGAAUCUACUCCGUCCGUCGAACACGAUAAUAUCGCUGCAGAAUCAUCACAAGCUCGACUCCAAAGAGAAACUCCAUCACCGGUCCGUCUGUCACUUGUCGGUGAACUCAGAACCAGAACUGGUUCUUAUCCGCACUCCUUCAAUCGACCGCAACCUCUAUCUUGAGCGCGAAGCUUUGAACUCCAAGCAGAGCUAUGCGUCGUUACGUAAACGCCUCAGCUACACCAGUCAGCCUUCGAUAUCAGUACAUUCGGUACAGCAGCGAGAAGACACACGGGGUGCUCGAGAGAAGUUUUCGGCCUUCAUGAAAACAAUCACCGAUUCGAUAGACAUCGCUCUACUUUUGAAAUCCCCGAUAUUCAUCCUCUUCGCGCUCUCAAAUUUCUUCACCUCCAUUGGAUUCAACGUGCCGUAUGUGUACAUAGCUGACAUCGCCAGACGUCAGCUGAACGUGGAUGAUUCGAAAGCCUCUCUUCUGCUCAGCUUGAUAGGCCUCAGCAACACGGCAUCUCGUGUCCUGCUCGGAUACCUCUCGGACAAACGAUGUGUCAACCGCAUCCUUCUCUACAACGUCUGUAUCGCGACGUGUGGCGUCGCGACAGCACUAUCCAUUUUCUGCACCGAUUACGUGCAGUUGUCGGUGUACUGCAUUAUUUUCGGCGCGACUUCGGGCGCCUUCAUCUCGCUGACGUCGGUGAUUCUCGUUGAUCUCAUGGGCCUCGAGAAGCUGAAUAACGCGUUCGGUCUCGUACUCUUGUUCGAGGGCAUCGCGUGCCUUAUCGGGCCACCCUUAACGGGCUGGAUUUUCGAUUGGACCGGCUCCUAUAAUUGGGGAUUUAUCUUCUCUGGCGUCGUGAUUGCGACCGGAGGCAUCACGCUCUGUCUGAUCCCGUGUGUCAGGACUUCUCGAUCGGCGAGUCCGCGGAAGAAGGCCAGACGAAUGAAAUGA